AAAAUGUCGGUAUGAAAAAUGAAAAUGUACGCGGAGAGGACCAAUUAACUAGGAUAGGAAACAAUCUGAUCCGUAAGAACAACCCUCGAACAAGUGUGCUCUAACUGCAGAAGCAAAGCAAUAACAAUGCCAUUCCCAGCUAUCCUUUCUCCCUUUCCCUCUUUAUCCACAUUCACCGCGCGCGCUUUGUUCCCUCCAAAACGCAACGUCUCUUCCCAUUCCCCCUUUCCGAGUUUCUCUCGCAGAGAUAUUGCUUUGCUUUCGUUCCUCUCUCUCUUUUCACCUUCACCUGCCUCCGCCAUUGACAUUGGCUUCUCAGGACCAAAGGAUUGGCUCAAAGAGCAAAAAAAGAAGGCCUCCAAGUUCCUAUUGGCCCCCGUCGAUGCCUCCCGCGAAACCCUUCGAUCUGCCUAUCUCUUUCUCACGGAAACCGACGCUGCUUAUGCGGAUGAAGAUUUGCAGAAAUUCCAGCAGCUCUUCAAAUCAGCUGCAAGGGAUUGCGUCCCACAGGACAGGAAUUCUUUUGUCACUUUCCAAUCCAACACCGGCGUAGAGGUGUGCACGUUUCGGUUGAUUGUGAAGAACGCUGCCUCCUUGCUUGGAAAUAAGGAUCCUGUAAAGUUGAAAGCUGAAGCUUUGCUAGAUAAUCUCGUGAGAUCUUUUACCUCUAUCAGUGGGCUGGCUAGCGAAACCAACAUUCAACUGGCAUCAGAUAGAAGAAAGAUAGCUGACGCUUUAUCAGAUACAAUAUCUUCUCUCGACAAAUUUGAGCAGGGAAUCAGGGAUUGCCUUGAAAUCUGACUGUAAAGGAUAGCCUAUCCUACUUUUUGAAGUGGAAGUUGAUCCUUAAACAAUUGUGCUAGGAAUCUAUUCGUGUAAGCAGCAAUUUUCCGCUGUCAUCAAUGUACUGACUGCUUCGAAUAUCAAAAUAUGCUUUUGCCCUACUCAAGUUACUACUUACUACUUCUCUCAAAUCUCAAUCUAAAAUAUGGAAUCUAUUCGUGUAAGCAGCAAUUUUCUGCUCUCAUCAAUGUACUGACUGCUUCGAAUAUCAAAAUAUGCUUUUGCCCUACUCAAGUUACUGCUUACUAGUUCUCUCAAAUCUCAAUCUAAAAUACGGUUGCAUCUAGACAAGGCUAUGAGUGGACGUGAAAGGGGACAAUUGGCCCUUAAUGCGCAACACUUUGAUCGGGUGAACCAGAAGCUUCCACCAAGUACAAGCGACAGCAUGGUGUUCCAUCGUCUGG